AUGGCAUCCGAGAUCGACCCUGUAGCGGGAAUCCCCCCUUCAAGAUCCGACUUGGACAACAGGUCCGAUACGACCGACGAUGACCACUCGCCCUCCGUGACCACUCCCCCCGCAUCAGUGCCUUCCUUGCGCCCGUCCGAUAAGCUUCCCGGGAUCACCGCGUCUUCGACACACCUGGGCCAGAUCAAUGCGGCUCGAAGAGGUGUAGCGACACCACCUCGUCCACAGGCCUCCAUGAGUAGUGCGUCACAAGGUGGCUUGAACCAGGAUAUUUUGGCGAAAAUGAAGGCCUUCUCCCUUUCUCGGCAAGGCGCCCCUCCGACGUUACCUCAUACGGCCUCGACUGGAACGCUGCCCAAGACCCCCGGAGGGGGAGUGCCCGCAGCGGGUUUGUCGAGUCCAGGGGGACAAUCCCCUCCGGUUGUGAAUGGUCCAUUGGCAGGUGCCUUCGCCGGCCGGCUUCCUCCCCGCCCGAGCACCAAAAAUUGGGUUUCGUCUCCGUCCAUUCCCGGUUCGACCCCGAGUCCGAAUUCCAUGAAGCCGGGUGGCCUGGCUGCGAAACGGAUGAAGCCCGGCCUGAAACUGUCCGAUGCUACUGGCACCAAUGGAGCUUCCGCGAGCCCGUCUCCUGCCAACGGAACUGCAGGAGCCCCGGAAACCGCCUUUAGUAAAUAUUCCGAGUUUAUUGACACUAAGUCCGGGACGCUGAACUUCAAAAAUAAGGCAAUUCUUCACGGCGGCGGAAUUGAAUUCUCGUCCGGACACAAGUUCAGUAUUUCACUGGACGAAGUGGAUCGCCUCGAUGAGUUGGGCAAGGGCAACUAUGGAACAGUCUACAAGGUCCGACACAGUCGGCCGCACAUGCGCAAACCCGGCAUGGGUUUGAGAGGCAUCGUCAGUCGUCCGACAGGGCCGGAAGCUUCCGUGGUGGAUGGACCUCAGGAUAAUCUCUCCGGAGUCAUCAUGGCGAUGAAAGAGAUCCGCUUGGAGCUGGAUGAAAAUAAAUUUGCACAGAUUAUCAUGGAGUUGGAGAUUCUUCAUCGCUGUGUUUCGCCCUUUAUCAUUGACUUCUACGGUGCCUUUUUCCAGGAGGGGGCAGUGUACAUUUGCGUUGAGUAUAUGGAUGGUGGUUCGAUUGACAAGCUCUACAAGGAUGGAGUACCGGAGAACAUCCUCCGCAAGGUGGCCUUAUCUACUGUCAUGGGACUGAAGACACUCAAAGACGACCACAACAUCAUCCAUCGGGACGUCAAACCCACCAAUAUUCUCGUCAACUCGCGAGGGCAGAUCAAGAUCUGUGAUUUUGGCGUCAGUGGAAACCUGGUUGCCAGUAUCGCCAAGACCAACAUUGGUUGUCAGAGCUACAUGGCGCCCGAACGGAUUGCUGGUGGCGGCGUCCAGCAGUCUGGAGCGAGCGGCGGUGGGACGUACAGUGUCCAAAGUGACAUCUGGAGUUUAGGGUUGACCAUCAUUGAAUGUGCCAUUGGUCGGUAUCCAUAUCCGCCGGAAACUUUCAACAACAUCUUUAGCCAACUGCACGCUAUUGUGCACGGAGAACCCCCUACCCUUCCAGCUACUGGAUACUCCGACGAAGCGCAUUCCUUCGUCCGUGCUUGCUUAAAUAAGAAUCCCAACAAUCGUCCUGCAUACAAUACGCUCCUUCGGCAUCCCUGGAUCGCGCCCCUGAUGCAGCCGCCCGAGGAGGCAGACAGGGAUGAUGCCUCCUUGGCUGAUGGGGCCACCCAUUCCUCUGUCACGGAAGAUAAGGAGGUAGCGGACUGGGUGAAGGAGAUGCUGGAACGUCGCCACAACGGGCAGCUACAGGACUCCGAUAAGCCGGCACUCCAUGCGGUGGCGUUGGACGCCGUUCCAGGCAGUCCUCUUCUCGAUGAUCCUUCCACAAUCUCCUUACAGUCCUGA